ACAUUGUUGACCCAGUGUUCUCUGAGAGCACAUUAGACCAAUGUUUGUUCUGGGUUAUUUUGAAUACUGAAAAUAGAUUCUAUUUGCGCUCGCACAAAUGCAAACACGAGUAUAUUUGAAGAAUAAGCGGUGAUAAACUAGCACGAGCGAGAAGUGAAAUAAUACGUGGAUAUAUACGAAGGAAAAAAGAAUACUAGUUCAAGAUGGCGACAGGACAUAGAACGACCCUCGUACCGUUUUUAAGAUGUAACUUACGAAAACAGUUUACAAAAUGGCGAUGGUUAAUAGCAGUGUUUUAUGGAACAAUGUUGAUUAUCAUGGUCAGCAUGAAGAGAUCGUUGCUUCCAAAUGCCCAACAAGGAAAGCCUGACUUGUUUAUGCCUAUGGGUGCUCCGGGUAAUGUACGCGAGCAAGGAAACCGAAUACUAAGUGAGGAUGACAUUGUCUUGGAAAGAUACAAUGAUUAUAUUCGAACGCAUAACAUAACGGUAACCAUGUUUACCACGUUUGCAGAUCGAGAAGAAACAAGAUACGUUAUUCAGAACAACACUAUUCUAAACUGGCUUCAUCUUCAGAACGUCAAUUUCAAGCUUGUUCUUUUUGGGAGCAGACGAGAAAUAGCGGAUUACCAUCUACAGCACGUUGAUAGCUUUAAAAAACGACUCCAUAGACGAGAGGCCGACUCCGGUGAACCCAAUGCAAAGACUCAGAAAAAGUUCGACCCGUUAUCGGCUAAUAAUGUCCUGAUGGGUUUUCACCAAAGGGUACAAAAGAAUAUUCGUCCAAAUCUUUUUGGGCCACAGGACACGUUAAAUUUUGUAGACCCAAGAAUUGAGGAGAAAAUUAAGAUCACUUCGUUCCCUACCUCAAAUGAUCUAUACACGUCUAAGAGUUAUUCAAAGAACGAUCCUUACUAUCAAACUUGGGAUUUUAUCCCAUUGGAAAAGCACCUAACUGCUCUUGGGAGGCCGAUAUUGAAGAAAAUGUACUUGGAGGUACAAAAACGAUAUGAGUCAGACCUCUACAUGUACGUCAACGGGGACAUCCUAUUUCACGCCGAGUCUUUACUUGAAACACUUUAUGGAAUAAAACGGUUCGUGGAUGAUCCGCAAUCUAAAACGGAAAAGUGGCUAAUAUUUGGAGGGCGUAGAGAAGUUGACUUUCAUAAUGCAACUACGGGUUUGAACCACGCGCUACAGUUUGGCGAUGAUGCUGAGAUCCAAAAAUUCUCGAUUAACUCAAGGGUUCGGAAUUACAACGCCCUCGAUUUCUUUAUCUGCAGUAAAAGUAGCUUUCCUUGGGUGGUCGUCCCCGACUUUGUUGUUAGUCUCCCCUUAUUCGAUCACUGGUUAGUUUUAUACAGUAACAAAGUAGGCAUUGAAACAUUUGAUAUUUCAAGAACAGCCCUCGUAGUACAUCAAAGAGGUGUUCAAAAACUCAAAGAUUCGAAAUAUGAAAAAGCUGAUGGUUUCAAUAAGUUUUUAUUCGACAGCGCCGUCGGCAUUCGAUGUGUAUUUGAUACGAACCAGGCAAGACUCCAGUGCAUGAAGCAGAGGACCCGGAGAAGGAGAGUGGGAGGUGAAGAUGCGAUUAUUAUACUUCAGAACAGUCUAUUUUAUAAAAUGGACAAUGUCGGCUGCGUUUACCCAUAUCCCCUUAUGGCACCUGUCCUUGGGCCUAUUGGCGAACAGGACACCUGGAACUUUACAUUGACUUAAAGGCACCUCGCUGUCUAACUUUUCCUCUCCUUUCAUGAGUACACUCAGGCCCGUAGCCAGGGAGGUUCGAUGGGUUCGAGAGAUCCCCUCCCCCACCCCCUGGCCAAAACUUAAUUCAAAAUCAUGCAGUUUUUCACCAUUCUGAGCACUUUUUAAAGUGAUUUGGGGUCAGUUUUGGUCCAAAAUUGUCAAAAGCAACCCCCACUGGAAUUUUCAAAAACUGACCCCUCCCCUCUUUGGCAAAUCCUGGCUACGGGCCCGACAAUGGACAUAUGAUAUAAAGGUUUGGCAUCCCCCGAACAAAUGGUGCCAGUAGGUAAUUACCAGGUGGUUAAUUCGGGUCAAAUAACAUGGCAGAUAUAGAAAAAAGUUCUUCUAAACUUCAAUUAGAUAUAUUGAAUCAGUCUUCAUAUAUCUCUUUAAAUAUGUUAUAGAACAUAUGUCAAAUAUUAUUUUAUCUGUCCAAUGCGAGAAGGAAGUCACUUUCUAGGUGAAAUCCUACAUGCACAUUUUAAAUUUGAUAUCACGUUGGCAAGAUUUUGAAUAUUCUAGGAUGAAGAAAAGAUUCUUAUCUUCAUCCUAGGAAUAUUCAAUGAUGAAAAUUAAGAUUAUUUCUACUUAGAUGUAGUUAAGCUGAAACAUAGGCAAUGAAAUAUAGAGAAUCAUAUCCAUAGCUAAUCGCUGUAAUGUAAUGUGAAAAGUCACUACACCUUGGUGGGAUUCGAACCCACAACCGCCCGCGCCCGAUUGUAUGCCGGAUGUCUAUUUGUAAAGCAUAGACGUCAAGUGUCACUCGGGGGUCCAGGUUCUUGAAGCAAGACUAAAUGUCACCUUGUUACUUGAUUACAUUUUGAGAACAUCUGACUAGAAUAAUCACUUCACUAAAUCACUUUGGUCAAAUUUACAAGAAAUUACAAUAGAGGUACAUUUCAUCGCAAAGGCCAAACUGUAUACCUGGAACGUUCCAAUUCCAAACUUGCAAUUUUAUUGAACUAAACGUUCGUGGUUUCUUAGCACAGCCACGAGAAUUGAAUAAAUUGUUUUCAUCUGAAAUCAAUGCUAUCAAUGUGUAUCAACACUUAAAAUAUGAAUUCUGUUUACUUUUAACUGAGAAGUAUAAAUACAUGAAUAAGUACUGUAAUAAUGUACACUACACGUCGGGCUAUGAAACAAUAAGAUACCUGUACUUUCUAAAUAGCUGAAAAUGAAUGAAAUGAAUCCGUGUAAAACUUGAUUGAUAUAUCAUGUGAUGACCCUUUUAACAUACAGGUACUUAUUGCGAUUUAUCAUCAAAAUUUGGGUUGUUCGAAAAAAUAACAUGGCUGAAACUCCUUAAAUUACAAUAGGCAACGGGGUUAUUGCA